AUGGGCAAAAAGACGGCCGUUCCCGACGCCUGGGACGAUGACUGGGAGGCGCAGGCGGACCAGGCUGCCCAGGAAGAGGCUGAGAAUCCCACGCCUGCACCAGCUCUCACCAAAGCCGAGCGCCUGGAAGAACACGCCAAAUCAAACCGCAGGCUCUGGGAAGCAGCAGAAUCCAACCAGACGUUUCACUACGUCGAGGCCACCAACACCGUGCCGCUCGCUGCCACGUUCAAGCCGCAGGUCAAGGUGCUCAGCCGAAAACCCGUCAUCGCCAAGCGUGGCGAGUCUUCCGUGGACGACGACGACGCCAAGAAGGAGGUCCAGCUGAGCCCCGAGCAGGUCCGCGCCAGGCAAAAGCGCGAGCGCGAGGAGAAGCAGCGCAAGUACGACGAGGCCCGCGCCAAAAUCUUUGGCGCGUCCGGCCCCUCGUCCCGCGGAUCCUCGCCAGGCACCACGACGCCCCCACGAGCGCUCCCCGCGCAGCAGCAGCAGCAGCAGCAGCAGCAGCAGCAGCAGGGCCGAGGCCGUGGCCGCGGCGGCCGAGCAGGAGGAGGAGGUGCUGCGGAUAAUGCCCGCGGCAACCCGCUUGACUCGCGCCGCGCACCGCCGCCGCAGCCGGGCACCGGGAAGCUGUAUGAUCCCAGUUAUGCGCCGAAACCCGACAUGGGCUCUCCCCGGCGAGACGAGACGGCGGCGGCAGGGCGGCAAGCGCGGGACGAGGGCGCACCACUGCGGGCACCGCGCGGACCAGAUGGCACAGGAAGGGGAGGGUUUGGAUUUGCGCGUCGCGGCGCACGAGAAGCUUGA